AAAAUGUUUGGAAAGGAAUUUUUGCUUCUGAAGACCUAACAACACAGGUUUGCUCAUCAGUAUUUAACAAAUUUUAAAGCAUGUUGGAUGGUUUGUUGGACUUUUAAACAAAAUGGAUCGUGAGUACAUAAUAAUAUGUUGCUUGAGGUGCAUUAUAAUUUCUGAGGAUGUAACUAAAAAUAAUGAUUCAAAUUUCAUUCUUUAUCAUUAUCUCAUUUCAUUAUGUCUUUCAUUCAUCAGUCAUUUAUCAAAUUAAUCGUAUUAUAUCGGUCUAGUCUAGUCUUACCUUACUACUCUUAAUAAGUCUUACUAGGCCUACUCUUAGUUGUAAUUUAUUAGUGUCUUGGUCUCCUACAUAGGCUCCGUGUUAUGCCCUACUCAGGCCUGCUCGCACUGGCUACUUUAAACUAGGGCUUUUACUUUUACUUGCACACCUAACUAAGCGCCUAAACCCUACUAGUAACUAGAGCUUGCCUACUAACCCUACUCAGUACAGCCUACUUUGCUGAUUCUCUCUAGCCCUCUUUAAAUGCCUCAACUACAAUCCUAAGCCUGCUCAUAGUAAUAAAUGAUAAUAAUAAUUAGGCUAAUAAUAAUUAAAAAAUAAUAUUAAAUAUAUGGCAUAAAUUGGGGGGCCUUUAUUAGUAUUAGAAUUUAGAUUUAAAUUAAAAAGAUAAACAUUGGGUUAGCUGUAUGGGUUUUGCCAAGAGUUGUCUCACUCUAAAUGCCAUGAUGUCACAUUGGGGAAUCCUUACACUGGACAUAGGACUUAGAUGGAAUAAACAAAUUGUUGGAGUUGAACAAUGUGUAUAACUUUGCUGAUCUUCACUGAGGAUUAUUGGCAUCAUAAACUAAAUUUCAUGAUCGGUAAAGUUAAUAUGAAAUAUAUUGAAAUGAAAUAUUCCAUUCAUUAUUAUUAAAAUCUAAACUACAAGAAAAUAAUUUUUGUUAAAACUCAUCCUUGCUGAUAGCCCAAGAUGACCACAGGUGGAUUAAAAAAAGGAUACAUUCUAAAAGUUUUGUCUUUGAUUGGUUGAAAAAAAAAGAAGUACUCAGUUGCUAUUAAUUUCUGUCAUGUUGCCAUUUCACUAGACAUUUCCCUAUAAUUUUCUGGGGAGGGGAGAUUACCCCCCCCCCCCCCCCCCUUCUUAGAAAAAAUAAAUAAUAAAAAAAAAAAAGGAUAAAUUCUAAAAGUUUUUUUUUUGAUUGGUUUAAAAAAAAAAAAGUUCUCAGUUUUUAUUAAUUUUUGUCAUGUUUCCCUUUCACUAGAAAUUUCCCUAUAAUUUUCUGGGGGGGGGAGAUUACCCCCCCCCCCCCCACUUUCAAGACAAAUAUAAAUAUAAAAAAAUGAGGGGAACAUACUGUGGAAGACAUAGUUGAUUUUACUAUUAAUCCAAUCCUAGCCAUUGAAAAUUAGCAAAUGUCAAUAGGCCAUAGUAAUAGUUGUAGUAUACUAGCACAUCCUUAAGGCUCCUUGUCCUAUAUUACUAAGCCUAUAAAGUAAAGAUAACCACAUAGUGUGACUGAUGCCAGUGAUGCUAACCAAAGAGACUAAAAAGUCAAACUUGUAGAAUUUAGAAUAUAUCAAUAUAUUUACUGUCAGAUCUACACAUAGCAUACAAAUGCAUCAUCUUGCUCAUUUGUUAUUUCAAAACUUAAACCAAAUAGUCUUAAUUUUGGUAUCAGCAGGAAAAGAAAUGAAAGGAGAACUAAAAAAUAGAAAAUUUAUUUAUAUCAUAUCAUAUUAUAUGGCAGUCAUGAAAUAACAGUGGUUUCACACAUGUCAUUAUCAUAUAUAUCACAUAGUUAUGUAUGAAAAGAGCAUCACCUAAAAGCACAAUUUUAAAUUCACUAGUCUAUAAAGGGUAACUUUUAAUUUAGAUCACAGAAAAUAGAUUGUUUUGUGUGUUUUUUAUUGCAUUUCAAUAUUUUGUUUACAUUUAAAAUUUAAUUGUAUUUUAAUUUUUAUUUAUCUUUCUGUUUAUGUACUACUACUACUAUAGUUAAAAGAUUUAACACUAGGAUUGAUUGUCUUUGAAAAUACUUGAAUUUUCUAUUUUUAUUACAUAAUUAUAUAAUAUAAUUUCUAUUUACGGAAAUCUUAAGAAGUUGCAUCUUAUCAAUAAUCAGUUAAUCUGAAUUGUUAAAUUACUUAAAUGUAAAUUUUUAAUGGUUUGACUUAAAAAAUAUAGUUGAAGCAGCAGAAUCCUAGGCGUUAUUAUGUUUACACAGAUACCGGUAUGUUUUUUUUUUUGCAGCAUAGUAAACUAAGCUCCUUGUCUUAAGAAGUAAAUGUUUACUAAUAUAACAUAUUGAUUGCUUUCUUGAUAAUAAUUGGUUAUUUUCCAAGUUAAUAAUUAUAUUUGAGUUAUUCAUGUUUCUUCUAAGUCAGUUAUAGAAUAUAUUUCUAUUUUAAUUUUCUAAAUUAUUUAUAAAAAAUCAUUUUUUUUGCCAUUCUUUGUAAUAGACACUAAAGGGAGGAAAAAAUGGGCUAAUGGUGAUUUUGAAGCUCAAAUGCCUUUAAGUGUAAGUAUUAACAAAUAUAAAUUUAAAAUAUACUAACUAGAUAAUGCUAUUCCUUAUUAUACUUUUAGCGAAAGUAAUUUAAUCACAAAGCUUCUAAUAAAUUUCAAACCAUUUUAUUUUUUUUUUAAUUCCUUUAUAUUAACUUCACUUUUGUUCCUGGCUGGCUGGGUUGCAGUCUGGCAAAAUCUUUGAAUGGCUAAUUAACCCAAUUCCCGCAAAAUAUCGAGCUGAAACUUGGAACAUAGACUCAUUGCUCAUGACAACACAUUAUAUUAAAUUUUUAGCCAAACCCCAACCACCUAAUAUAAGUUUUUCCUGUUUUUCAAGGGGAAGAUGAAUGAAAAAUGAUGACGCUGAUGUGCAUUUCGCGUGUAAUAUUUUCUUUUGUUUUUCUGAAAUUGUUGGUGAAAUAAAUCUGUCGUGUAAAAGCGUGUCUGUCAUUAAAAUAUUAAUAUAGUUCAGAGGUAUGAAAAAAUUUUACGGUUGCGAGCCUUUGGGGUGGGGGUAGCACUAAUUGGGAUUCUCAUAAGUGCUUCACUUGUGCAAAUCUUUUAUAAAUUUUUUUCAGCCCCCCCCCCCCUCCCCUUUAGUGUUACAUUUCAUUUGUUUUAUACGAACAAAUUUGUUUUUAGGGGUUGUUUAAAUUUAUUUUUAAAUUGUCUGCAACAGAUACCUGUUACCAAAGAAGAGGUGCCACCACAGUAUGAACAUUACUUGCAUUUAUUGCAAGAGAGAAAUAGGUUAGUUGUCAUAAAAUAAUCUUUAGAGUAUCAUUAAUUAGCAUGUAUUGACUUAAUAACGGUUUAUUUGCAUUCACCAACCUAAAUCCGUGGUGAAAAACUUUCCAACUCGCAACAGCUGUUUUUUGCCCUUGUAUAUAGUGUUGCUGUAGUUAGCUAUCUCUGACAGUUAAUUUAGGCAUAGGUCAUGGAGUGCUAGGGAGUGAACGAGGUGAUAUGUAACUAUAUCAUUUGCAUGUCUGCAGUGGUAGAGGACAUUUUAUCUGGUUUUUAUGCAGUUUAGGUGAAAAUUAAGUUGUAUCCUGUGCACAUGCAAAAGAUCAUGACACAUUGACCUGUUAAAGGCUUUGAAGGCAGUUUUUUUUUUUAAAUCUGUGUAAGGACACAUCUUCCUGUUAAGCCCAUAGCCCAUCCAUUAAAUAACUCUUCUUUUUUGUUAGCCCUUAUAAGCUGUUGAGACGUUUUCAGUGAUGCAGGUAUGUUUGGCUUUUCAACUAUUAAGAAUUUACAUUUUAUCUUGAUUUUUGUUUUACAAAAAAUGUUCAGACUUGUCAAAAGGCUUCGGCAGAAAAACAGACAGGAAAUUGAGCUAGAGAAAAAAGAAAAAGGUUUUACAGUGUACCUUAAUACAUCUUUCUCUGGUGACAAAGACCCUAAGACCAGAAUUAAUCAGCAGCUUCAGAGAAGAAAAACUGCUAAUGCAGCUGGUGAGAAAAUCUUUUAUUUAUAUUUUAGGAAACUUUUUUAAACAGGUUUCUAGGAACAUUAGUAAGGCAUAAAAUAUGUUUGAUUAUAAUUGAUAUACUGAAGUUACCUAGGAUUAAAGACAUAUAUGUAUGUAAGAAAAUGGAAAACUUCUCUAAAGUCUUGAAGGCUUGCAGCAGAGUUGUUGUUUUUGUUUUUUUAAGUCAGUAAGCUGAAUAUAUUUUAACAUAAUUUAAUAUUUAACUUAUUUAGAUCAAGUGAACAGAUCAUCCCAUCCCAAGCGAAUAGGUGGAUCAGCUGGACAGACUCAUGACCGUCGAAGACACUGGCAGCUUUCUUCUGUUGAAUACACAACAGCUGAUGGGCAGAGACAGAAAAUCAAGGCACCAGGUAGGUAAAAUUAUCUUUGGUUAUGUAGAAAAUUAGCUAAUUACUUGUGAAAGAUGAAUUGUUUUGAGUACAUAAUUAUUAGUUUCACUUUAAAUCAAAUAAAUUUGUAUUGAAAAUAUUUACUUAUUUGGGCUGGCUUGCUUCUGUUUUUUUAAAUUUUAUUUCAAUUUUAAACAUUUACUUAUAUUGUUCAAAAUUCAAACCACAAAAAUGGCUGCUGAGUUUGUAUUUAUCCUACAAAUACUAAACUAUAUUUCAGAAAUUCUCACAGGAAAGUACCAAGAGGAUUUUGAAGACGGCAGUGAUCUUGAUGAUCUGGAGGUAGAUUUAUAAUUCAUUUAAAUUAUAUUAGGCUACUAGCCAAAUUUUAAAAUGAUUACUAAAUUUACAUGUUUUUGUCAAAGUGAGUCUUCAAAAAGCUUAUCAUUUUCAUCUUUAGAAAAUGCACUUCUUUAAUGGAACAGUUAAUCAUUCUUUUUUUGUUUUUAAUAGUUAUUAACAUAAACAAGAAUUUUUGGGUCCUUUUCAGUUUAGUUUAUCAGAAAAUAAUGAUAAAUUUAACAUCUCUCUUUAAAUAAUUUAAAAACAAACUUAAAAAUUCUUUUUGAAAAUUAAAGGUUAGAAAUUUACGUUUGGUGCAAUAUCUUUUUUUUUUCUUCUGAUGGAAAAAGCUUAGUUUGACUGCUAAGAGUUACAUAAUAGUUCACACCAAGAAUGUUCUUUCAGUCAAAUGAUUACUUUUUUUUAAAACUCAAAACAUCUCUUGACUUCAUUUGCUUUUAAUUCUGUUUAAAAGGGGUAACAAAUUAAAUUGCAUACUCAUACUAUGUUCUGUUAAGAGCAUUCAAUCAUGGAACCUCUUUUUUAAGAGUAUUUGAUUAAUGGUUUGCUUUGGUUUUUUCUUAAUAUUAAUUAAAUAUUAAGAUGUGUGUGAUGCUUUCUAAGGAGUCCAUACAAUCAAUUUUUUCUUGUUUGUGUACUAAUAUAUAGCUCAAAAUAGUGUCUUGGUUACUACAUGAGAAUCUUAUUAUUGUAAAAAUAAUUGUCCAGUUAUGUUUGCGAUGAUAUGCCCUUUUAAAAAGCAUUAAUGCCAAUAUGUUUUAAUGUACUCCAGGGUGUUACCAGGAUGUCCUCACUAGAUAUUGAUGACGAUGACGAGGAUGGUGUCAACAAUUCAUCAUCAAUUAGCACCCCUCGCAGGCAUAAAACAAGUUAUCUCAAGAGGAUAGCUGCGGCUAAAAAGGAAGAGACUGAAGCAGAAAAUCGAGUAUCUAUCAAGAUGGAGGAUGUUAAGGUGUUUUUUUUACCUAAUUAAAUUUUUUAUAGUUUUGAAUCAGAGCUUAUGUGCAGCUUCAAAGAUUAAUAAGUCAUUAAACUGAUUUCACUUUUGUCCAUUAUGAGAUUGUUUUGGUUGUAACAUUUGUCUGAAUCAAUCUUAUUGUGUCAGCUAAUUAAAACCGUUGACAGAAUUCAUUAACUAACAUUGUCAAAGUAAGUGGAAGCCUUUAUCCAGUACUAGGGCUUAACCGGUUGGAGGUUUUUACACCGGGUUUGAAUACCUGGUGGGUCCAAGUAUUACCAAAAAAAAAGAGAGUUAAGUUUUCAUUUUCUAUAAACAACAGGCCUACAGUCUGUCUCACACACUACCUGCUGGCCUUUAAACAAUAGUCCUACAGACAGUUCUACAGAUACUCCUGCACUUUAUCCAUGGCUCUAUAUUGAUUGUUAUAAUAGAAAGAAAAACAUUAAACCUUUUUACCUGUUUUCAACCGUAUGCUUGACACUCGCUUUGUGACACCUUUUUCUUUUUCACUCAGAGCUAUUAAUAUAGAACAUGCUGAGUAGGGGAGGGCUGGUUGUGAAAAGGAAGCAGGAUAUACCAGAAGCAAAAUAUUUAUAAGAGAUUAUUAGAUCAUGAUGAAUAAAUGAAAAUGUGGUAUGAUAAAUGAUACAUUUUGUAAAAAUUUAUCUUCAGAAAUUACGAGAAAGUCUUCAAAAGAACAAAUCUAUUCGUCAGAGCAUAGCCAUGGAUUCAGACUCUGUGAGUUUGUAAAAACAGUUUGUCAAAUGACCUGUGACUGCUAUUUUAUUUAUUUAAAACCACCUUUUCAUUAAGGUCCAGUUAGAAAAUGUAAAAUUAUCCUAUUAAAAAUUAUCUUUCCCUUGAGUGAGUUGAAACUAAUAAGAAAAAAAAUGGUGAAGCACUAACAAAACAUAACUACUCUUUUGCUAGUGCUAGUUAUAACUACUAUAACAUACAUUAUAAAUCAUUCAGUUUUAUUUAGCAAAGCAAUUGUUGGUCUUAGAUUUGAUAUUAACAUUCAAUAGUUACAAUCAAUUAAGCUUAAUCAUAUUUGAGAAGUUAAUAGCUUGGCUUGGAUUUUUACAUAGGAUGAAGAAUCAGCUGAUGAACUAGUCCAGGUCUAGUAUUCAAAAUUAUUAAAUUGUCCGCUUAAGAGAAAGGGGUCUCUGUAAAUAAAAUUCAGGUGUCUUUAUUUUUCCUUAAUUUUUUUCCUUGAUCUUUGUAGGUUGCUUAAUACCUGCUUAUUCUGGAAAAAUGUGAAGGCAUAACUUCCUUUUAAAAAAAAAAAAAAAAAAAAAAUCAACAUGAACUUGUCAUGUUUUUUUUUUAUUGCAUUACAGAAUAGUCUAUCUGUUAAAUAAAAAUAAAAACUCAUAGAAUUUCAAACUGAAAACAGUAUGUGCAAUGAAAUCAGAACAAAAGCGUCUUAUCUUAAUUAUAUAUAUAUUUGUUUAUAUAUUUAAUAGACUAACUUGCCAAUUAUUUAAUAUAAUGUUAAAUUCAAGACAUUUUCUUACAAUUCUGCUGUAGUCCAGUUUUUGCUCUUAAAAUUGUUGAUUUUUAUAAUUAAUUUGAAACGAUUCAUUUUUUAAAAUAUUUUAAAAUUUGUGUGCUCCAGACGAAAAGUCUGAAAUGCAAUACUUUGGUUCUGUGUUUGUUUACUUGAAUGGCUUUAAACUUAUUGAAAAUGAUACCAAAAAAUGUGUGCUAUUUAAAAAUUCUAUUUUGGGUUCAUUAAAUUAAUCAAAUACUGAUUAUUUGGUUAUAACUUUAGCAGUUCCACUGCAAACAAAUUGAAAGUCACCUGAAAGGGUCACAUUUCUUAAGAAGAAUUUCUAUUGUACUGCAAUUAUAGCAACAUUCUCUUACUGAGGGAAAAAUACUUUAUCCCUUCACUAAUUUCUUUUAUCUUUCACAACAUGAUCAACUGAAUUUAAGUUUUUAAUACUCCAAGUAGUAUAUUCUCUAUUAAUGUAUAAGUUUCAUUUAUUUUAUGGAAGUAUUAUUUUAAGUGUAGAAUUAAUUAAAAAUUCGACAGCAAUUCAAAAAUCUCACUAUAGAAACUUGUGCUUACAGGAUGAGUCAGAUGGAGAAAGAAUUUCACCAAUCGAUGAGGAGAUAGAAGAGUUGAUGUCUAGUGAUGAUGACAACAAAAGGGCAGAUAAGAAUCACAUAAAACCACUCCAAUUGUUUAAACCUGGCGACACUUUAGUCCUAGAGUUCCAGCCCUUACCUAAUAGAAGUAUGAUUAUUGUCAACUGAUGUUUUGUCACUAUUGGAUCUUUGCAUUUUAUGAAAGUUCAUUAACUUCUAAAUACCUUAUUUGUUUAAUUUCAACGUUUUUAAAUAAGAAAUAUUAAGCAAUCAAUGUUACUGUUUUUAACGACCCAGUAUCAAUUGUAAUUUCAACUUAGAUUACUUUAACAAAAAUGAGAAACUAUUUAGUAUCAAGUAUUACAAACAUUAAAUUAUUCAACAUUGCCCGCCUUAGAGCUAAGACUAAAACAAGAAAGGUCUUGCUGCGGGAGUUCUUGUUUGCGGAUGAUGCCGCUUCGGUAUCUCACACAUCAGACGGCCUGCAGAGCCUCGUAUCCAGCAUAUCCGCUGCCUGCAAAGAGUUUGGCCUGACAAUUAGCCUAAAGAAAACUAACAUUAUGGCACAGGGCGCUUACUCCCUCCCCACUAUCGCCAUCGACGACUACGACUUGGAUACUGUUGACAGAUUCACAUAUCUGAGAUCCAACAUAUCGAGCACCCUCUCAAUGGAGGAUGAGAUAAGUGGGAGGAUAGGGAAGGCGCAACUGUUAUGGCCAGACUGAAGAAAAGAGUCUGGUCAAACGCCAAACUCACAACAAGAACUAAGCUGCAGGUGUACCAGGCCUGCGUACUGAGCACACUCCUGUAUGGAUGCGAGUCGUGGACCACAUACUCUAACCACGAAAGAAGGCUCAAUGGCUUCCACCUCAGAUACCUGCGCCACAUCCUUGACAUUAAAUGGCAAGACAAAGUCCCCAACACGGAUGUCCUGUCCCAAACAAACAUGUGUAGCGUCCCAGCCAUAUUAAUCCAAAGACGCCUCCACUGGCUUGGACACGUCAAGCGAAUGCAACCUGGUCACAUACCAAAGGACUUGCUAUACAGCGAGCUGGCGACAGGGAAAAGGUCAGUUGGACGGUCUCGUCUGAGAUACUUAGACAUAUGCAAAAGAGAUUUGAAGUCCUCUAAAAAUCGACCUCUCAAACUGGGAGGAGCUGGCAGAGGAUCGAUCCUCAUGGCGGGGCAUCGUGAAGGCAGGAUCACUACAUGCCGAGGAGCAAAACAGGGCGGACACAGCUGCAAAAAGAGCGAGGAGGAAGGCCAGUAAAUACUGCUCCACCGCAUUCGUGUGUGGGAAAUGUAACAGAGACUACCAUUCGAGGAUUGGUCUCACCAGCCACACCAAGAGCUGCAGGCAAUAAAGAUAAUCUAUCGUCUCCCGCAGACGGAAAGAUGCCAUACAUACAUAUUAUUUGUGCCCAUAUAGGCCCAAAAGGCUGCAUCCUCCAGAUUAUCCAUGUACAGUAAAGCAACCAAUAGUUCUCACUUGUUGAGCAACUUCAGUUAUUUUAGAAUGAUAUUGAUCUUCUUAAAUAUAAUCUAAGCAAGAAAUGCCUGUCUCAGAGAAACAAAGUCUGUCCUUCAUCAAUGACAUCUACAAUGUCAAUAUUAUUUCAGAAUGCCUUAAGAAUUUUAGUGGCUUCAAAGCGGGAUAAAAGUUUACCUUAUGACUGUUUGUCUUUGAGUAGAUACCAAUUUUAAAUAUUUCCCCAGACUCAGCCAAAAAGAUACUGCAUGAUACAUAGUCAAUUAUCUCUGCAUUCACUUUAUUCAACUGAAACAAUUCAUUUCCUUAAAAUGUUAAGAUUUUAUCAUCUGCUGCAAUAGAUUUCUGUCUGCUUGGCAAAAGCAGCACCAAGGGCCUUGAAUUUAAGUGCCCUCUUCCUAAAAAAGUAAAUAUUAAUAUGCAUAUACAUGCAUGAAAAAUGACGAUUUUGGCACCCACUGAAGAUGGCAUGGCGCAGGUUUUGGGUGAUGACCCCUUCCCACCCCUUCCCCCCCCCCACCCACCCCCUUUCCCAACCCCAUGCAUAGCCAUGGUUGUCUGAGUGGGUCAGGACAGGAUAGCACUACUGUAGACUAGAAUAUUGGCUAGCAAAACUGCUAAUCUUGCUGAAUUCAAACCAAGAUGUACUAAGGCAAUCAUAAUACUGAUCCUUUAUUUCUAAAUUUUAUUACUAAUAUUUUAUUAUUAUGGUUGCAAGGGAUGAAAAACUUAGAAUGGGUAUUCUCAUAUGUAGUUUUUGUAAUGUUGCGUUUUGUAUUUCAAUUUGGUAAAAUAUAGAUUUUUUCAUUUCUUUUUAAUAUUGAUGGCUUUGUACAGCAUUUUGAGCCUUUGGGGAUAAAGCAUGAUUUUCAAAUAAGCUUUAUUAUUAUUAUUAUUACUAUUGUUUUUAUUUAAUGUUUCUUCUGGUCACUCUAACCUUUCACAUGCAUAAUGAAAUUGUUUUCUUUUUUAUUCGUUUAGGUAAAACUGCAACAAAUCUUGUUGCUGCCAGAAAGAAAACAGAUUCUGACGAAAUCUCAUCAUUCUCUUCAAAAAAGUCAUCCACAGCACCUUCAUUACAGAAAUCACUGACACCUAGAAAUGUGGAGUUGAAAACAGGUUAAAUUUGUUAGGAAUAUCAUGUUUUCCCAGCUUCAUUUUUUAGUAAUUUAUUUGUAUUAUUUUUUUUUAUGUUCUGGAUAAGCUGGGAUUUUUUAUAUAUCUGCUAACUUAGCGCAAUAAUUUAUUAGAAUCAAGGUAUAUAUUCUUUUAAAAAAUGUUUAACUAAUGCUCUAAAACAGAGUUACUAUCAGUUUAAUGUAAUACCAUUUAUUUUUACUUUUUUUUUCACUAAACCUCUCUAGUUUUAAAUGCUUAUUUAUUUUUUUAUAAGUGUUUAGGUUCUAUAAUUGCAGCUAUUCAGCAUUUAUUUCUAUAUCAAUUAAGAUUUUUUUUUUUUUUUAAUUGCACACAUAUAUUUGCAUUUACCUAUGUAGAUUUGCUAGUCAGCAGGACGUAUGUUUCUUUGAUCUUUUCUAGAUGCUAGUAAAGCCAUUCGGCCAUUAUCAGCCAGUAGAAAGAGCCCUGACACCAAAGCAGAAUUUAUUUUUUUUUUUUUUUUCACUAAACCUCUCUAGUUUUAAAUGUUUAUUUAUUUUUUUAUAAUUGUUUAGGUUCUAUAAUUGCAGCUAUUCAGCAUUUAUUUUUUUUUUAAUUAAGAUUUUUUUUUUUUUUUUAAUUGCACACAUAUAUUUGCAUUUACCUAUGUAGAGUUGCUAGUCAGCAGGACGUAUGUUUCUUUGAUCUUUUCUAGAUGCUAGUAAAGCCAUUCGGCCAUUAUCAGCCAGUAGAAAGAGCACUGACACCAAAGCAGAUUCAAAGGAUGAAGCUGCUGCAGUGUUAAAAGCACUGCAAGAAGAAAAUAAACAUGUGGAAAGCUUUUCCAAAGUGUCCAAGAGCAGACCACUUCCACAACCAAAGGUAGAAACAAAAUCUCGUUUCGACAAGAAAAGUUUUUUGUAGCCCUUGUAUGUAUUUUUGUGUAUAUUGUAGGACAGUUUCCGCUGGUCAUUUUAAUCUACUCUUUAAAAAAAUAUUUUUUUUAUGACAUAAAAUAUUAUUUAAAGGCUGAUAAGAGUGACUUUUCAUCUCAGAAAACAUCAGACACGUCUAAUACAAGCUUGCCACCAACCAAUGAAAAGAUCAAAGUCCUCACCCCUAUUCAAUCUUCAACUGAUCCAAAUCUGACCAAGGCAAGUUUGUCUGCCAGUAAAUCACAAAUGGAUCUAGAUGCAGAGCCAACCAUAAACACUGUCAUAGAGCGUGUCCUCAAAAUGAAUCCCAAGUUAGUACAAGUUUUUAACAUAAAAGAAAAAGACAAGAAUUUUGACAAAGCUAUUGUGAUUUCUUUUCAAUCACAAGUUAAGUGAAAAAUAGCCUUGUGUGAUAUUUAAAAAAUAAGCCUAAUGUAAAAUAAAGAUCUCAAACAGUCCUAGGUGGAAAACUUGUUUGAAAUUGUUCAAGUUUUGCCUGUUUCUAAGACAUUAUAAAAGUAAGUUUAUUUAAAAUUCAUUAAACAUGACAUUUUUGUUUUUUUUAAAUAAAAAGAAACAUUUAUUAUCAAAUCACUUACCAAACUGUAUUUACACCUACAAUAAGUCACACAUUAUUAUUUACUGCUCCGACCAUUUACAGACAACAGAGACAGUUGCUGCACACAUUGAACCACAUAGACACAGAAGAAAUUCCUGUGAGUUCUCAGUGUUUGGAACCUUCAUGGGUGAGUGAUAUGAACCUAUAAUGUUCUCCCUGAAUGAAAUGAUGCUUCUAUUUUACACAAUGCCACAAAUUACAGUUUUGAGUUCACAUAAGCUGACAGCGUGAUCUUAAAAUUGUAACUGGAUUCAUGGUUGGUACAAAAACUUUGUGAACACAGAUUACAGCAUCAUUAACUUUGUGAAAACAAAAGUGAAUUGAUUAAAAACUGUCUUACUUAGCUUAACAACAAAAACCACUUUGUGUAUAGAAAAACUGUUUUAAAAAGAAAACUUAUCCAUUCCUAUAAUGCUUAUUUGUUGAGUUUUGUCAUGCAAGUUUUGUUUCCAGGCAAUGUUCAGUCCAUAACUUAGAUUAAUUAUGUGAUACAAACGAAUGAAACUGAUGCGUUUUGGUGUAAUCUACAGUCAUCGAAAGGCCCCGUGACCAAUCGAUUAGAGGUUGUUUUGGAAGUUCUGUCAAACUGGGGCCAUCCUUCAUUGGUUGGACUCACAGAACUGCAGUUUUUUGACCAAUCACAGUGCAUGAUCCCCAUCAAACCAUCUGAUGUGUCAGUGCAUGGAGCUAAGGAAUGCUCAAAUAAAGUAGAGGUUUUGUUUAAUGGGAAGUCUAAGGUAAGGGUCUAAUCAUUUUAAUAUACUAGCAAUUGAUAAACAACUGAAUCAACUAAGAAAUCAUAUUUUUUCUCAAUGAACUAUUACUGUCAUUUAAUAAAUUAUAUUAUAUUUACUCUGUUAUAAAUAUUUAUUUUUUCAAAUCUUCUUUAUUAAUUGUAAAAUAAGUGAAAAUUAGUUCAUUGGUAAUUUUACAAAAAAUACUUGAGCCUCUACCCUAAUAUAUUAUAAUUCAUAAAAUGUUUUGACAUUUUCUAAAAUAUUGAAUUGGUAUUGCUGAAUUCACUAAACAAAUAUAAUUUUUUUAGACAACCAAAGAGCGUAACAUGUGGAGCUGUCAUUUUGAUGGAAAGCCAAUUGAAUUCUCUGUCCUACUAAUAAACUCACACCCGGGUAAAAGCUUCCAGCUAGGGUCUGUGAAAAUAUGGAACUGGAACAAUAAAAUAAAUGUAAAUUGUUGGCUUUUGCUUCAUAUAUAUGUAGGCUACUCAAACAAUAAAUUUUUAUUAACCAUUUCUGCUUUUAGUCUAAUUACUAUAAAUUAUUAUACAUGCGGAAAAGGUUAGUGAUGACAAAACACUUGAACACAAAGUGUAACAUUUUAAGCAUCUAAUGUUUAUAAUCAGCAAAAUUUUAGAAUAACUACUAUGUUGAGUAUACUAAUUAGGUACAAACUGAAUUUUAAAUCAGUUGUUGUUUAUGUGUUGUAAAUACAUUUUCAGAACCUCAACAUAGGUGCACGUCACAUACGAAUACACUUCAAAGGAGAGUUGCUUUUUGAUGGAGACGUAGACAAAGGUUGUGGAAAUCAAGUUUUUGACUACAGUAAACAUGUUAUGUUUGCCUCCUCUGAUGGAGCAGGACAAUCUAAAGCUAAGAAAUCCUCAUCAAAUUCUUCACUUUCACUUGACAUUGGCAAAGCGACAUUAGCCAAUUCCAAAAACAGUCCCAGGCUAACAUCUCCUGCUGUUGAGUCUCCCACAAAGGCAGACAGCCACGGCUUAACACCUUCAGGAAGCCACCACACGUUCAGGAGCAUAUCUCGAUCAUCGCAAUCAUCAGCUUCAUCCUCUGGCUCUGGAAAGGUCGGGGGCCAAAGCGAGGAAAGGCAGGAAGAGGGGCACAUCCGCAGUGAAACACGUACACUGGUACGAUCUAACAUCUUUCACAGAAGAGGCUCGGGUGGAUCAAGUCCUGAAGUGGAAUUACCUGAUAGUGGUAAGUAGUUGUGUUUUAAAGUGUCAUUAGAAUUACAUACUUGCCAAAAAUCUGGGAUAAAAGAUAAUUAUAUUUUUCUAAUGAAAACAAUGUAAAAACAAAAUAGAAAUAAGAUCAUCUGUUGUUGGUCACCUUCAUAAAUAUAUUUUUGUAUCUCAAUAAAGUACUAUUUUUUUUAAACAAAGAUAAAACCAUUGUAAUUUAAAAGCAACUAAAUCAUUGCUAACAAAUAAACAUGAUUGCUGGUAAUAAAUAAAAUAUACAUAGUUGGGACUGUGGUCUUAAAAACAUAAUUAGGUUUAGGUUUCAACUGAAAUAUUCCAUUGUAGGAAUUUAGGUAUGCUUUAUAUAUAUUUUUUAUUGAGUAAAUUUAUUAAACCUAUUACUUUUUCUUUUUAAGAGAUUUUACUUAUCUGUCAGACAAUUAAUAAAAAUAUGUAUCUUAGUAAUUUUAUUGCUUGCUUAUAAAUAUAAUAUUAACAACUUGAAAUAAUAGAAUUGUGCUUAUAUGUCAGACUUGUCCAAGAUACCAGAGAAGUCAAGAGCGCAGACACCCAAAAAAAGCAAGCGUGUCGCUGCCAAAUUAAAUGGAAGAUCUGCUGAAACUGACAGCUCAAAUAAAUCGAAUGGUGACAGGUAAAUUGGUUAACCCUGAUGCUGACAGGUGGUGGUGGAUCCAUGCAAAACAUUUGAAGUUGUGAACUCCAACAGUAGAAGAUGAAAAAAGGUUAAUAUCAACCUAAAAUUUCAUGGUUGAUAUAUUCUUAUCUAUUUUGAAAUAUCAACAACUGCCACCACCCCUGAACCCACAACUGCUAACAGUUAUCCCAUUAUUUACUUCACUCACUUUGUGUUGCCAAUUGUUAAUGGUUUGUGUAUAUCAAGGUCUAUUACAAUACCAAAGAAGUAUUUUAAAUAUAAGUCUAAUGGAUUGUGUUGUUUUUUUUGUCUUUAUAGUUACACACUUAUGUAUAAAUCAAGCUAUUUCUUUAAUUUUUAUUUUAUAGAGUUUUAAUCAGAUAAAAGGGUGUUGAGAUUGAGUAGUAGAAAGUAUUGUGAUAACUUGAAAAAAAACUUAUGGAUGAUUGAUCAGAUAUAAAUAACUUUCUAAAUUUAUUUUUGAAAGCUCUGACUUUGUUUUUGUUGAGAUAUUUAGACAAAACUCAUAAAACAGUCUUAACAGUAGUAAAUUUUGUAAUUCAUUCAUUUUUCAAAAUCAUCUGCAGUUUUGAAUCCAAACCUCCUCUACCACCAACUCAUAAAUCAGAUGAUAAGACCAAUUCUUCAUCAAGAUCUGCUGAAAGGUCAUCUCUUUCCAAUGCCAAGUCCAAGUUGUCACCCAAAUCAUCCCGCUCAGAACCUUACAUAUCCCCUCGACCAUCAUCCCCACAGAAAAGCAAGACCAAAAUUCAGAAGGAUAAGGGAGAUAACCAGUUAUUAGAUUCCAUCAAAAGCAUGAGUCACAGGUAUUUUUUCAAAUUAGAGAAAUGAUUUAUGCAGAAAUGUGGCCUGAGUUUAAAAAAUUUAUCACGAUUCAAUCUUUUGGAAACAUUUUCAAAGUUUUUAUUUAACUCAUACUGACAAACUGAUUUAAACCAUAUUUGUAUCAUGUAUUUCAGUGAAAACAAGAGGAAAAAGACCAUUCCAACAUGGCUGAAAGGGGAUAAGUCAACAGGUAAAAUUUAAUUGUUGAAUGUAGACUUGUCAUACUGCAAAAAAAUCGACUUAUGCAAUAAAUUUUGUUAUUAGUUUUUUAUAAAAAAAAAAUAGUGAUAAUCUGUAGGUAUACAUCACCACUAAAAGACAUCUUUAAAGGCUUGGUCAAGACACAGCUUUUGAGUUUGUUUGCACCAAUGUAUAUGCAUUCUCUGUAAAGCUAUAAAACAGUAUAAUAAAUUCAUGAUUAUUUGUUAUUUAAAUAUAUCAGUGACACACUCCUUUUUCAUACUUCACCCUUGUAUUCUAUUUGACAAGGGGGUUGUCUACUUCAAGUUUUAUCUCUUCGGACGUCAUUUACAUAACCAACUUCUCCAAAUCCUAGAAUUUUGAAAUUAGUCUUCAUGUUGUGGACCAUUUUUAAAUAUCAAACUUUGGCGGCUCCUUAAUUUAGUUAUUUUCAAACAUAUUUAGUUAUUUUAAAAAGUAAACACCCCUUUGAAUAAAUAAAUUUCUGGAGUGAUUUUGUUCAUUGACUUCCCUGACAUUUUAAUCACAGAUCUUGACCUGACGUCUGGGCAAACCAGUAAGAGAGACAAGCAGAAGGAAGAUGUUGAGCUUCAGAAAGAGCUAGAUGAGGAGUUUGAGAGAUUUUCUCAAGCAGGGUGGGUUGCUCAAUUUUACAUUGAUGAUCAGUCAGUGGAGUCCAGAAAUGCUUUUUGUAACUGUCAGUUUAUAACAAAACUAGAAGUAACCACCCAAACAAUGGUGGCGGCAAAGUGUGAACUUCCCAUCUAUUAAAGUUACUUGACAAAACAUGCAGCCCAAUCACUGCCAACAUCUGGGAAUUUUAUUUUGUUCGCCUAUUGAACACAACAUUACAGCCAUACAUACAUAUCUAGAAAAUUAUUAUUUGUGAUAUAUUCAUGGCUUUAUGGGAAAUCCAACACAAGCCAAGGUUAUGUUUGCAGAGACACUUCAAGUAAACAUAAACAUGUUCUGUUGUUCAGGUACGUCGAAUCAGACACAGAGACAAGUUGAUUUUCAUUAAUUAUUGUUUGCUUUUGAUACUUGACUUCUCCUAAAUUUCAGGAGUAAAAACAAGAAUAAAGAGCAAAAGCAUGUUGCAGGUAAAAGUUUCAUCCAUUAAUUUUACUGAAUGAACAUAUUGAAAUAAAUUCAUAUCAUUCCAUAGUCCUUGUUAGCUGCACUAUGGUUAUAUUGUACUUUCAGACUUAAACAUAAAACUGUUCUUAACUAUUACUCUCCUAUCUAAAAUAUAAUAUAUAUAUUUUAAGAACAGCCUGGGUUGAUGCUUGACUUCAAGGAAAUUGAACCUUUGGAAGAUUGACCAGAUUUAUGUAGCUUCGAAAAUAUACUUAUUUGUAUAAAUCCUUCUUUCUUAAUCAGAGGAACAAGAUGUACUGACUCCCAUGAAGAAAAUAGAGAAAUCAAGAGCCAAGUGGAGACAAAGAGAAGAGGAUCUUGAAGAAUCUUGGGGUUCAUUGUCCUUCUUCAAUAAAUCUCAUAGAGGAAGAGUGUCUAUUGACAUGGGAGGUGAUUAUCUGGGUUUCUGCAUAUAUUUAUGUUGGAGUUAACUUUAUACCCAAUGGUGCAGACUUCAGAAGUCAGUUUAACCCACUAACUGUCAAAUGCAAACAAGCUGUGGUGUCAACUCUUUUUUUUUAUUAACUUUGAUAUGUUUCACUAAAAUACCCCAAACUAAUAGAAAAUGAAACCAGAGACCCAUAUAAGUAUACAUAUUCUGAGAGUAAAUUGGACAAGGAAUCCUUUUGUAUGAAUCAUUUUUUAAUUCUGUGAGAUAUGUGAAAUGAAUGUGACCAUGACCAUUCAGGUGUGAGUAUAAUUGUGAUACUGUUUAUCUUUCUUCAACUCACACCCACAAUGACUUUUGUGUCCAUUUUUAUCCUUAAUGAAUGUUUUUCAGACAAUAAAACAUUAUUCUUUUAGUUUAGAAAAUAUAAAGUUAUUUGGGUUAGUAGAAAUUUUUUUAAAAAUUAUAAUAAUUAUUGGUGACCUACAUAUAUUUUUCUUUUUAUAAUGCCUAUUAAAUUCAUUAGUACACUACGUGCCACUGCUUCCACUAUUAGAACUUGAGCUGCUACUAUUUCUAGCUUCACUCUCCUAAUUAUCACUAACCAUGAGCAAUGCCAAAAAACUAUUUCAAAAUCAUCUGUUUUGCAGGGCCAAUAUCUGAGUCAUAAAAAUUAGUUUUUUAAAAAAACCUCACAAUUUCAGCAGAUUUAAUCAAAAUAUUUUUUUUUUAAAUAUGAACACAUGAAAUAUUUACCUUUCUAUUAAAUAGGAAGUAAUUCUAAUUUGAAAGAGUUAUCCCCUUUUAAAAAAAUUUAAGUGGAAGCAGAUCAUUUUGGCCAUAUAAACACAAAAAAAUGCUUUUGUCUCAUAAUGUUACAACCACUUACAAUACUUUUGUGCCCCCCAAUGAAAUUUUUUUACUAUCACCUGUAAAUGUUUGGGGGAAAAUUGACAUCAAGUGCAACAUUUAGAGAGUUUCAUUGAGGUGUGUGUGUAUAUAUAUAUAAAUAUAUAUAUAUUAUUGAAUUUAUUUUGUUGCCUUUAUUUGUCAGAUGAUGAGUUGGAUGAGUACCUCAAUCCAGUGAAGAAAUCAGAAUCAGUGACACCUGUAGCAGCACCUGUGAUACCAAUACCUGAAGAUGGGUGGUCGGAUGAGUAAGUCUUUCUAUCUAAAAUUAUGUCUUAAUAAACUCUCAACGCACAGAUAAUUAUUGUUUCAGAGUUAUAUUUUUUUUUUAAUUUUAACAAUAAAUUUCAACAUGAUUUUGUGUCCUUUCCAUCCCUAGGUAAUUUCUCUAUUUUGCACAUUUUUUUUUAAAUAUUUUUUUUUAAAUUAUGUAAGAGGGAUCAAUAUAACGUUUAAUUUCAGGUAAAUAAAAUUGUAAUAAAGAUGCAAGAGUAUUUCAUAAUUGUUGGCUAUUUCAGAGAUGCAGAGUUCACCAUCCCAGAGCUACCCAGUGGAAAGAAUAUGGUGAUAAAUAUCAAAACUACAUGGGGAGAUCACCACUAUGUUGGCCUGACAGGAAUACAGCUGUUUACAAAUCUGGGAGAUCAAGUAGUCAUCACAAAGGUAAGGCUCCUGUGAAGCAAUAACUUUUGAGAGUGGUGAGAAUAUUCAAAAUAUCCCAGGUGUCAAAGUGAUUAAAUAUUUAUAAUCGGAAGUCCAUGGCCAAGUCAAUAAGAUAAUCAAGCUGUCUUCACAUUACCUUUAAUUUUGAAAUUAAACUCUGCAACAUUUACUGUAGAACUAUUCAUGGACCUGAGCUGUCUUCGUAUAUCUUCAAAUUUUGAAAGUACACAUUGCAACAUAUAAUGUAGCUCUAUUCAUUGCUGUCUUGACAUUAUUUGUUUCUGCACUGUCCUCCAAUUUCAUUUCCCUCACUAAAUGUGAAACAGUUUCACCUAACCAAGUGUCCCAGUUUGUCAUCUAGUGGACUUGAAGUGUUUUUAAAAUUACAAGACAGCCCUUUAGAUUAAGACAAUAAAUUUAGCAUUUUAUACUGGCACCGAGCUUAGAAAAACAAGUAUUUCCUAGCCUUGUCAAGACUAACCCAUUAUAGUUUUGUUAAGGCAUCAUAAUAGAGAUAAUCCUUUUCAAACAAUAUUGAAGUGCAAACAUAAAAACUUGAUUAUUAAUGGCCUAGUAAACAAAGCUUAUUUUACUGUAAAUUUUAACAUUUUUUAAAAUUAAAAUAAUAUAAACACAAGUUUUUAAGACUAAUCCUGAUGGAUGAUUAAUGUUGAAAAAUUCAUUCUUACAAUUUUUUAAAUUAAAAUAUACUAUAUUUAGACAAACCAGUGUUUAUAUACAUCACCCUGCUGAAGAUAUACUGCAAAAAUUAUGUUCAUAAUCUCUUUCAGAUCUGGGCUGAACCAAGUGACAUAAAUAUCCUGCCAGAAUACAACAGGGACCCAAGGGUUGUAACAAAUCUUAUAGAUAAUGUGAACCGCACCAGAGAUGACGUGCACAUGUGGCUUGCCCCCUUCACACCAGGAAACAAUCAUUAUGUUUACCUAACAUUUGCUAAGCCAUGCAAGUUGGCUCUUAUGAGGAUAUGGGUCAGACUCCAAUGUUAUAUAUUAAUUUCUUACAUUCAAUGCACCAGUCACAUUAUAUUGUUACAACUUUUGAUUGAAUAAUUUAUGACUAUAAGUGUAAGGUGGGAACUUGUUUGGAGUUUCAAGCGUUAUGUUUAAUUAACAUCGAUCUGUUUUUUUUAACAAAUAAAAUAAAUAUGUGAGUAUAAAUUAUUCUGAGGUAUUUUCAAUUUUGCUUGCUUAACAUUGUCAGAAUUACAACAAGUCCAGGAUCCAUUCAUUUCGAGGGGCUAAAGAUGUCAUUAUAACUCUUGAUGGAACAGACAUCUUUAAAGGAGAAAUAGCCAGAGCCUGUGGGGGGAUUGAAGGUGGCACUGAGGCCUUUGGUGAUGUAAGAAAGCUAAACAUAUUAUUUUUGUGUCUCUUUUAUUUCUAAUGUCAGUGUGGAAAUGUAAUUCAAAGAAUGUAUUAGGGAGCAUUGUUUUAACAUCUGCAAUAAUUUUAGCACAUGACUAGCUACAGGUCUCAAUAUUAAUUAAUUUUGAAAUCACUGAAAAAUCUUUAGUUUUUAUCAUUGACAUAUUGAGUGAGGCUCUAAGCAUUUGCCCAAAUGAGCAUCCUGCAGAAUUAGUGGCACACAAAUAAACUCCAUUACCGGGCCUCUUUAAACUUAUUUGAUUUCAAACAUCUAAUUUUUUUAAGACAAUUUUAUUCACCACUGAAGAGACGAUUCUGGAAGCUGUGUCAAGGAAUGAUGAUGCCUUUGAAGGCUCAAUGUUUAGUGACACUGAGGAAGAUGUACCAUUGGAAAGACCCAGUACAGCAAAUGCUGAAGAUGAUGUUAGUAUCACAGAUUAGAACAAAUUAAAAAACUAAAUUCCUUUACUUCCACUGUUUGAGAUGUUUUACUAUAAAUGCUAAAAAAUUAAGUUCUCCUCUCUCCUUUCAUCAUGUUUUUUGUUUAAAUUCAAUUUAAAGAUUUAGUUUGAUUUUAGAAUAAAAAAUAUAUAAUUUUUGUGCCAUUAUUUUACUCAAGCUGCAUAAUAACAAACUUUUUUUUUUGUAUGACUUAUUGCAAAUUGUGCAUGGUUUCUAAAAAAAUUAUUUUUUAAAAUAUUUUAAUACUUCAGCUAACUCCUUUGGCAACUUCAAAUUUUUGUCUGUAAUCUUCAUUUUUGGUAGACACGUCCAUUUACCAGGGCAGCUGGUCUACUUGCAGCAGACAGUAAUAAAGGUACAACACCAAGACCUAGCAGUUGUUUUGUUACAAAUGUUGGAGAUGUCAUGGUCUACAGAACUACUAGUAAGUUAUCAGAAUAUUGCUUGGGCUCUCUUGAAAAUGGUUUAGAAAUUAUGAAGUAUUAAGACAAACUAUGCAUGAUAAAAUCUGCUUUGAGAGGUGAGAGUGUGAUUUAUUAUCAUUCAUUUAAGUCCCAGCUGUACAAAUUACAAUAGCAUGAGAGAUGGACCCAAGCCCCAGUCUCAUUGUUGGAGCUGUGACAUAGUUCUAAAGUUGGAACAGUACCAUAGUCUCAGAGUCAAUGUCAGAAAAUGUUUUUUUAGGCCUGGUACAAGACAUUUAUAUAGUGGGAACAAUUUCUUAUUAUUAAUCAUAAAUAAUUGAUUCUACCCCAACAUUUUCGUCUCACAGAAGUACAUUUGCAGUUCACAUCCACCUGGGGGGAUCAUCACUAUUUGGGUCUAACUGGCCUUGAACUUGUUGGCAGUGAGGGAGAGGCUGUCCCACUUACACUUGACAUGGUGGCUGCAUUACCUAGAGACCUGCGACAUCUGCCUGGCAACGAGAAGGAUGAUCGUACACUGGACAAGUGAGUUAAUAAUUAAUUUUAAGUGUAGAACAGAUUUUAAAGAGCUCAAGGUACACGCAGAUGAUUAUUUUCUAUUACUAUUACAGGUAUUCCAUAAGAUUUUAUUUUUAUUUUACCAUUUUCACAAUCUCUAUGACAAUGACUCUUUCUUCUCAUGUACUGGUACUUAAUAACAUAGUACUCCCCCUUCCACACCAAAACUUACAUCAAUACAUUAAUAAUUUUAAAUGGAACUUAAUGAAUAUUGAGAAAGUUUAAAUUAUUUUUGUGUGCUUUUUGUAGGUUGAUAGAUGGAACUAACGUGACAUGCCUUGACUCCCACAUGUGGCUCAUACCAUUUACCGAAGGUCAAAGCCACACUGUCACCAUCAACCUUUCUCAGCAAACUCUUUUAACAGGCCUGCGAGUGUGGAACUACAACAAAAGUCCUGAAGACACAUAUAGAGGGGUGAGUUGCAAAGUGAUGAACUCUAAUUUCCUAGGUAUAAUUGAAUGAAACAGGAAUAAACUACAGGCAAUGAACUGUGUCUGCCCAUCUCAACAUUUAUUUCUGAAUUUUAGUCUGAUCAGGAGAGAUACCUUGCGAUCUUAUGCAUGUCAGAAUGAAUGUAUUACUCUUAACCUUUCAUAUUAUUAUUUUAAUCAUCAUUUUUAUAAAAUAUAAAGAACACAGUGUUGUGUUAAAUUUUAUGAUGCUGAAAUAAAUUUGUGUUUAAACAUCUUUAAGUCAUGUAAUAAUAUUAAUAAUAAAUUUUGCUUCAAUGGUGAAAAGCUCAAGCUGCAAAAUCACCAUGAUUUCAGUGUAAUCAUUAUUAAAUAGCCAGACUGUGGUAGAUUUUGUUUGGAUACAAGGAAACAUGCUGGAACUGUUAUAACAAAACCCCAGAACUAAAAGGUUUAAUGAAACAUGCUUUUCUGAAGUUUUUACACAAGUGAUUUUUUUUUUUUUAAAUAUGGGCUUAUACACAAAAAGUUUAAUUAAAUGCAUCAGACCCUUGUGUUAAGCAAACUGUAGUGUUUAUUAGAAAAUAUUUAUUUGAAGAUAUUCUCAAUAAUGCAAGAAAUGAAUGAUUUACUUUUUAGUUUAUCUUUAAUCAACACAAAUCCUUAUUUUCUAUUUGAAUUUGUCAACAGGCAAAAGUUAUGCAUGUGCAUUUAAAUGACAGAGUGGUCUCCCCACCAGAAGGUUAUCUGCUGAGAAAAGGACCAGGUGUUUGUCACUUUGAUUUUGCUCAAGAAAUCAAUUUCUCCAACACAUCCAAUAACCCGUCAACUGGAUUAAAUAAGUGAGUUCUCAUCUACUUGUUAAAUAUUUCGCCUGGUCUAUUAUAUCCAACUUCAAAAUGAUUGUCUCUCUCUCUCUGAUAAGAAGCAACAAUGUCCAAUGUACACUACACAGUACUUUAUUAUAUACGGUACCGGUAUGCUAAAUAAAUCACAUGAUUCUUAGACAUCAGGAUAAUGUUAUAACAAUUAUAGUUGCGAUGCAGAGAAUAGAUAUACACAUACUUUCAAUAAUUCAUAAGAUAUCUAUUGAGUAAAUCCAUUAGAGGGAAUCCAACAUGACCUCUCACAUUCAAGUUAUCACCUCACUCUCUUUAGAUCCCUACUUCACCCAGACGCUCAAAAUCGUUGUCUCCCUUUAUCAUACAAAAUUGCAUGCACUCGUAUUUCAUGACAAGAGUUCACACUCGUUCACUUAACCCUAUUGUCACGAAUCAUCACAACACACACAAUACCUCUGAUUUCAUGACCUUGAAACUACUCGGUUAUUUGUUAUUUUUAUUUUGAUGCUUUUACCUUAGUUAAUCAACUGAAAUAAUCAAUAUUUUAAAUAUUUCCCGCCAAAUAUCCCUUUUUAUUUAAUGUAUUAUUUUAUUUUUUUCCUAAUUGUUCCGAACAAUUUGGAAAUCAAGAAUUUACUGGGAUUCAGUAUUCUCCUGCGAGAGAUGCGGCCGUGAUUGCCAUUCUAGGAUUGGCCUAGUGAGCCACUCGUCAAAGUGUAGAACUAUAUAGCUACUCCAUCGUCUCAUGAAGACAGAAGGAUGCCAUAUAUUAUUUUAAACACUUAAUAAAUACAAUAGUUUUUACACUUACACUAAAGGAGAUAAGAGGCUUACAUAGAAAAUUUUUUUUUUUAAGUUAUGCUGUAGUAGGAUUAAGAAUCUUUUUUUUUUUAAUUUGAAAAAUAUUUGUGCAGAUAUAAACAAUUUAAAUAUAAAUUUCUGAUAUCAAUUAUUUCACAUAAAAUAAAUAUUUAAUCUGAUUAAAUGCUCACAGUGUUGCUGCAGAUCUGAACUUUGAAGGUGGCGUACAAAUGCCCAGAGGCUGUAUCCUUUAUAUCUACAUUGUAAUCUGAGGCUAUUAGUAUAAGUACUGUAAGAAAACGGUGGUCAGCUAUCAGGUGUUGUUGUUUUUUGGGGAAAAUGAAAUCAGGUUUUUUAGUUUAUUUUUCCAUGUACAACUUAAGACUGAGAAACACAAAUUUAUUUUAUUAAAUUACUUUUACCAUAUAGAUUCUCAUCAGAAUUCAAGUUUUGUUGCAUGGAUAUUUUUAUCAUAAAUAACAAAAUCAAACAAAAUAAACAUAUUUAUGUUAAAAAAUGUUAAUAGGUUUAUAUAAUUAAACAACCCCUUAAAAAAAAAAAAGCUUUCGGAUAAAUCCUUUAUAAAAUGUAAUAGCGAGCAGUAGGGGGUGGGGCUGAAAAUUUGUCAAAGCAUGCAUAAAAGUAUUGCACUUUAUAAGAAUACCAAUUGGUGUCCGUCGUCCUGUCCCCCCGGCUCGCAACCACUCAUUUUUUUCGCUCUCCCGAACUAUAUUAAUAUUCUAAUGUCCCACCUGCUUUUAUACCGCAUAUUUAUUUCACCAACUAUUUCAGAAAACAAAAGAAAAUUUUACACACCAAAUGCACUUUUUUUAAAAAGAAUCUCAUUUAGGGCAGUUAUCGUGAAUUUAUUUCGUGAUAUCAGUGUCAUCAUAUUUCCUUCAUAUUCCCCUUGAAAAACAGGAAAAAGUGAUUUUUGGGGUGGGGCUGAAAAUUUGAUAUAAUGUGUUGUCAUUGGAAACAAGUCUAUAUGCCAAGUUUCGGUGUGAUAUGUUGACUGGAAGUGGGUCAAUUAGCCAUCCAAAGAUUUUGCCAGCCACAAACAAAAGUGAAGUUAACUUAAUAUAAAGGAUUUAAUAAACAUUUAAUUUAUAUGCACAAAACCAAGAAAGAAAGUAUUGCGUAGUCAUUCAUUCCCUACCAAUACUUAAUGUCUUCCUGUUAAAUACCAAACAGGAAGGUGUCAAAUGUAAUAUAACCUACUGAUAAGUUUCAACCUUCAGAUUGUAAUAAUGUUGCAAUUAAUAGUAGUCCUACGUGUUUUCCUUAAAUUCACCUUAGUUAUUUUCCAGUUCCAGUUAUUUUCAACAUGGGGUGACCAGUACUAUAUUGGUUUAAAUGGUUUAGAAUUUUAUGAUGCAUCAUUCAACAAGAUUGAGCUUACUCAAACCAGUGAGUAUAUUACAACUCAACAACCUUGUUUAAACUGUUUUAUAGGGCUUUACCAUCUUUUUCUAAUGAAACACUAAUUUAUUUUGUAUGUUUUAGAGUAGUAUGGCAUUUAGUGAGAUGUUUCCUUGAGCCAUAAACUAAAUGAAGACAUUUCCCCCCUAUGCUACAACUUAGUAUGGGUAUAUAUAAAUACUGUAUUUUCCGUCGUAUAAGACCAAUUUUUAACCCAUGAAAAUCUUUUCAAAAGUGGGGGGUCGUCUUAUAUGUCAGGGGUCGUCUUAUAAGCAGGUAUAUGGCGUGCUGAAACUUUAGGGACAGGCGCCGUCUAGUUCCAGUUUGGUUGACAGCUUAGAAAACAAACAGCAUGGCAGCUCCCAUGGGUUUAUUGACCUACAAUCCAUCUAGCUUUAGAGUGAAUUAGGAUAAGUGUAAUCCACUUGCUUUGUUUUAUGUUUACUUGUUUGAUGACAGACAGCCUUAUGUUUAUACAUGACAGUUUUCCUGCUAAGUACCUGCAUGUCAUAAGCAUAUGAAUUAAAAUUACCAUAUUGAAAUCAAAUCUGAUGUUUUUUAAUUUUUAUUUGGUGAGCGUUGGAAGAGGGUAGUCUUAUACGGCGAGUAUAGCCCAAACCCUUUUUAAUAGGAAAAGUAGGGGGUCGUCUUAUACGCCGGAAAAUAUGGUAAUUUAUUAACUACCAACAGACCUAGGGCGAUAUAAUGUUCCUUGAAACUUGAAAGAAAAUAAUUUUACAAAUCCAUUUAAAUUCCUUAGGACUUUUUAUGUAACUUUGUGUCACUAAUAAUAAAUAAGAAAAUCAUAAAUUAAUAUGUAAGUGGUGCAUAUGAAAAUGACAAUGAAUUGGGUUGAAAAUUCGAUUUCAACAAUAUUAGUACCUGUAAUUAGACAAUUUUUAUUUUUUUUCAGAUAUUGCAGCCUACCCAGAUAGUGUCAAUGUCCUAGACAAUGUAAGCAAUGAUGCUCGUACGCCUGACAAGCUGAUUGAUGGCUUCAAUGACACUAAUGAUGGAAGGCACAUGUGGCUAGCUCCAAUACUUCCAUCAAUAGUAUGUAACUCCCAAAUUAAAUUCUUAGAUCUUAGGGGUAUCCAUUUUUAUGUACGGUACCCAAAGAGAAAGUAUUUCUUUCCCCCACAAGGUAUGUGACAGUUAACCCCCCCCCCCCAAUCUAUUUUUUUUCUUUUUUUAAACACCUCUUCAUACUUCAAACAAAUGAAAGAAACCACACACCUUUGCCAACUAUUUUAGAUCUUUAGGGAUAUAAUUUUAACACUUUGAGCACCAAAAACUUGACUUUAAUUGUGUAGAAAAUAUUUUACUUCACUUUAUAUCAGAUAUCUAGUGUAUUUGGCCCCCCCCCCCCAAAAAAAAAAUUAAAGAAUCUCAUGGAAUAAAUAAGACCCACCUCAUCCCAGUAUGUAAUAUAUGGAUACUGACAUGUAGAAAAUAUUUUACUUCACUUUAUAUCAAAUAUCUAGUGUAUUUGGCCCCCCCCCCCCCAAAAAAAAAUUAAAGAAUCUCAUGGAAUAAAUAAGACCCACCUCAUCCCAGUAUGUAAUAUAUGGAUACUGACCCUAGAAGACAAUGAAAAGCUUGAUUUCAUCCAGUAGCAAAGGAUAUUAAUUAACACUUAUGCUCUUCUCCUAACUUUUACCCAUCUUGACUGUCAUUUCAGAUCAACAGAAUUUAUGUCAUCUUUGACCAACCAACUUCCGUCUCCAUGAUCAAGUUGUGGAACUAUAGCAAAACUGUCAAUAGAGGCGUUAAGGACUUUGCUGUAGGUAGUUUAGGCUUUAAAUAAAAGAAUCUUGAUUUUAUUUUUAAUGUUACUUUUCUAAUUAUAGACAAACUUAAAUGAAUGUUUUCUAAUUUUUUGUUUCAAAUAUUUCAAUGGUAUUUAUUCAUUAAAAUUGAAGCAUUCAUUCUCCUACUAAUUACUAUUUGCAUAAUUUAAUUAAAAUGUAUAUCAUCCCAGCUUUUGGUUGAUGACUUGUUAGUCUACAACGGUACACUCCAGGCAGUUAAUGGUGGAGCUAAGGGAAUCGUACCGAAUUGCAGUGCUCCUAUUCCCCAUCACACAGUGCUGUUCUCAGAUAACAAAGAGAUCAUUCGUAAAGAGAAACAUGCUAUUAUAAGGUAAGUUAAUUGCACAACCUUUUUUUACAGAUGUGACCACUUUGCAUAAUACUUUUAUUAGCAAUAUAUAGUGCCAAAGUCAGCAUCUUUGGACCAUUUUGAAUGACAUAAUUGAAAGCUACUUUAGGAGGUUACUCAGACUUUUUUUUCUAAUUAUAGAUAGUUCAAAAAGUCUUUACUUUUUGAGAAACUGCUUUCACAAUCAGCAGUUGAAUUAUGAUUAAGAAGAUUCUAAAAUGUUCACAACAAAGUUAAACUCUAGCAGCUGCCAACUGUGAGAGAGGGCAUAAUAUUGUGUUUUCCAUCUUGUUGUUACUAUGUGCAAGUGCUAUCUUUUUUUUUUUUUUUAAAUUGUGCACCCUAAAAUUAAGCCAUAUUCCUACUGCUCCUAGGUUGAAGUUACAGUUAAUAUGAGGCGGUACUUGUCCGCAUAUUAAAAUAAUUAAGGCCAAAAUGAAGAAUAAUUAGGACCAAAAUGAUUUUUAAUUAGAAAUGGAUUUUUUUGUUCAGUCCUAUUGAUAUUGUUGCCAUCAAAAUAUUUUUUUUUUCAAAAUAUUUUAGCAAUCAAACAGAAGAUCAAGAUAUCCAACUGAUGAAUGAUAAAAAGGUCAUUAGCAGAGUUGCAAAUUCCAGUUCUAGUAAACCUGUCAACCAAGGUAACUUUACAUCAUCCACCUUAUUUGUACAUUUAAUUUAGAGGAAUAAUAAGACACCUUACAUGAAGUUCACUAAAUGUCAAGUGAUCAUACUCAAUAAAUUUGAAGAAUGCUACAAAUAAAACAAUUACUUUGAAUUAAUUUCCAAGUGUAUGAGUUGGAUUUCAAAAUUCAGUGACUAUAGUAAAAAAAAUUCUUAAUAUUAAUAAUUAACUAAAUUAUUUAACCAACAUUAGUAGAUUAGGUAAGAAAUUCAAUUUUUUUUCUUAUUAUUAAAUAGCACUUCGGCCACAGACAAGCGUCACUAAAACAUCGAGAAGAUGACGACGGUGUCCUGGUUUAGCAAAUUAACUAACCUGUGACAGCAUGACAAUUAUAAAAAGACCAUCUUUUCAAAAUGUAAAACGCUUUAAAAUACUUUAAAGUGAGACUGGAAUGUUAAUAAACUUAAUAUAAUAUGAGCAAUCCCGUAUCAGUUAUGGCGAGUCAGAGAUGCAAGUCAGUUUGGUAUGAGUUUUUUUCCAAAUUUGAUGCUGUUACUAUUACUAUCAGAAAAUAAAAUUAAGAGAGGCUGGUGGUCUUUGAUUGGUUAGGUCUUAAAAUAUUAACUUGAGAAGAUUAAUUUGUCACUAAGGUGAACAAAUUACCUAGAUAUAAAUCAACUAAGAAUGUGCAACAUUACUACUAUGAAAAUUUAAAAAUCAGUCUAAUAGUUUUCUACCUUUUAAAUUUUGAUCAUGGUAUGAUCAUGGAGACAAGAAUUGAAAAUAUUUGCAUAAUUUGCAUCAUGUUAAAUUAAUUUAAAUGUGUACGUGAAUAAAAAAAAACAGCUUAAUUUUUGUAGCAUACAAAAAUUGUUAAAACAUUUUACAAGAAGAAAAAAGGAAAUUCAGGUCAAUUACAUUAAUAGGCACUGAUUCUGCAUGUUUUUCUUUUAAGUAUAUCAUAAAUGCCUUUCAUCUGUGAUACAAGGUUGUCUUUAAUAUGUUGCAACAUGGUAACACAUGAUGCAUAGUUGUUUUAUGUACAAUUACAAUUAACAAUAGUAUGGCAGUAAAUUAUAUUGCAUUUGAAUUAAAAGUUUGAUAAUUUGGAUGACUGAUUUUAAAUUGAACUGUUUCCAAUGCAAUUUUCAGUACAUUAUUGUUGCUCCGUCCAAUUGCAUUAUUUAUUAAGUGAUGUAACGGUAGAUUUAAUUAGUCGUUUAUUUAUUAAAAAGCUCUAGUACCUAUAAAA